CAGCGGGAGAGGCUUUCCUUCAAGCUGUUAGUGUUUUAUCCUGGCAGGCUCCUCGAGGUUGUUGUGAGGAGUCUAGCCAGUUGGUGAGCUUUGUAAUCUAAACCAGCUGUCCCAGGCUGAGGCCCCCAUUUGCAUUGUUUAACAUACUUAGAAAAUGAAGUGUUCAUUUUUAACAUUCCUCCUCCAAUUGGUUUAAUGCUGAAUUACAGAAGAGAACUAAGCAAAACCAGGUGCUUUCUCUGUAUUCUCUCCAGUGUCUGAGGAGGUACAGACGGCUCCCGAUCUUCUCCAUUACUUGCCAUUUCAUUCUUUGGACUAUAAAUGACAGAGGAACUGAAGUGCUAGCAGAGGGUAAUGUUUGGAAAACUUUCUAGUUAUUCAUCAGCACAGACUCUGGGUUUUUUUCACCUUUCCCCAACGGCUUUGGACAUGCAAGGAUUAAGAAGGAUACUGACUGCUUUCACACUGGCUGUCUGCCUUUCAAGCCCUGGAAAAGCACAGCAGCAAUGCACUAAUGGGUUUGACCUGGACCGUGCCUCUGGGCAAUGCUUAGACAUUGAUGAGUGCCGGACCAUUCCCGAGGCCUGCAGGGGAGACAUGGUGUGUGUGAACCAGAACGGGGGCUACCUGUGCGUGCCCCGCACAAACCCCGUGUACCGCUCACCCUACCUGAGCCCCUACUCCAACGUGUACCCACCACCCCCAGCCCCCGGCCCCGUCCCCAACUACCCCACGGCCACGCGGCCCCUCAUCUGCCGCUUCGGCUUCCAGCUGGAUGAAAACAACCAGUGUGCUGAUGUGGAUGAAUGUGCUUCAGAUUCUCACCAGUGUAAUCCCACCCAGAUCUGCAUAAAUACUGAAGGGGGCUAUACCUGUUCCUGCACUGAAGGCUACUGGCUGUUAGAAGGCCAGUGUUUAGACAUAGACGAAUGUCGCUAUGGGUACUGCCAGCAGCUGUGUGCCAACGUGCCCGGCUCCUACUCCUGCACCUGCAACCCCGGCUUCACCCUCAACGACGACGGGAGAUCCUGCCAAGAUGUGAAUGAAUGUACAAGUGAAAACCCUUGCACUCAGACCUGUGUCAACACCUAUGGCUCUUUUCUCUGCCGCUGUGAACCUGGCUAUGAACUGGAAGCUGAUGGAGUUAACUGCAGUGACAUGGAUGAGUGCAGCUUCUCAGAGUUCCUCUGCCAGCACGAAUGUGUGAACGGGCCUGGUUCUUACUACUGUACCUGUCCUUCAGGAUAUAACUUGCUUGAUGACAGUAGAAGCUGCCAAGAUAUCAAUGAAUGUGAAAUCAGAAACUUCACCUGCACUUCACAGCAAACAUGUUUCAAUAUCCCAGGAGAAUAUAAAUGUUUAGAUCCAGUACGAUGUGAGGAGCCUUAUCUCCAGAUUAAUGAGAACCGCUGCAUGUGUCCAGCUGAAAACCCUGGGUGCCGAGAUCAGCCCUUCACCAUCCUGUACAGAGUGAUGGAUAUGGUGUCUGGGAGGUCUGUGCCUUCGGAUAUUUUUCAGAUGCAAGCAACAACUCGCUACCCUGGAGCCUAUUACAUCUUCCAAAUCAAGUCAGGGAACGAGGGCAGGGAAUUCUACAUGCGGCAAACAGGACCCAUCAGUGCCACCCUGGUGAUGACCCGGCCCGUGAAGGGGCCGCGCACGAUCGAGCUGGACUUGGAAAUGAUCACUGUAAACACCGUCAUCAACUUCAGAGGCAGCUCUGUCAUCCGGCUGAGGAUAUUUGUGUCACAGUACUCCUUCUAAACCUCCAGUCUGUGCCCUGGAAACACAGCCCAAAGAGACAGUUCCUCCUCUGCACAACUCUCUCCUGAAAAGCCAGUACUAUAGAAGCUCCAGACCAAAUCACCAUUUCCACAGAGCCGUGACCUAUGUGUGUCUAGAGGCCUCUUCAUGCUCAGUCCAGAGCAGGAUGCAAACAACUGAAGAUCCCUUUUGAUUGUCUGUGUGGUCAUGUAUUUUAAGGACUCUUCUUCUCGCUGUAAACACUUCUAGGGCAUGAGUCUAUGUGAAAGACUGUGAACCUUUGUAGCUCCAAGGCUGCUUAGCAGAAAGCACCAAAAAAACUGAGGGAAAAGCUGGCUUUUGCAAUCUUGCCUUUUUAAAAUUUUUUUUUUCAUUAUAAAUGAAAAGCAGAAAAACAAGCAGAAACAGAAACAAAAAACCCACCUAUUGAAACAAGGGACCUUAGGAGUCCCAGUUUGCAUUCCCAAUUAUCUCUGGAAUUAUCAGUCAGGCACUUUGUUUCAAUUCACCCUGCAUUUGUCUUAGUUUCACCUGUUUUUUUUCAUUCUAUUUUAUAGUUAAAAUUAAUUGUAAAUUCAUUCCAAAAAACAUGUUGUACUAUGUAAUCUUUUGCUUUCUGACAAAAUGUCACAUGUUUGGGUUCCUUUCUGUAUUAAAUCUUUCUAUAUAACAGAGUUCAUAGAAAUCUAUCACUGGAUGGUGUGCUUUACAACAUUUAGGAUUUUAUGCUUAUUUAGACUCAGGAUUUCUGACACAGGCCUCCACUGCCAGAAUAGUAUCCAGCAUAAGUAGAGACUUUAGAGCAGAUAAGGAUCAGAAUUUUAUUUUUCCCUGUUUUCCUGAGUGUGAUAGAUGCAAACAGUGUGUAAUGGCUACAAGGUAGUAAUACUAACUCUGUAGGUAUGGCUGAAAUUAAUCUCCUGUUCAAAGACCACUCAGGUCAGACCUGUCCGUAUUCCUUCAGAAAAUAAUUUUUUUCCACUUGCAAUCUCUCUCCUACACUUCUAACAUGGAGGGAAAAAAGCUGAAAAGGACUAGGAGCAGUCUUAUUCAUGCAGACCAGAGUAUACCAGUACCCCAAUCUCAAACAGUGGGCUCCCACAGUUUUCAUGGGCAUUGUCUUCUCAGGUAUAACUGCUGUAGCCAAAAAAAAAAAAGUUUCUUCUAAAGUCUAAUCUGAAUCUCCAUUGUAAUCUUCUUCUAAAGUCUAAUCUGAAUCUCCACUGUAAUCUGUUGCUUUUUAGCCUACUUCCAGUAGAAAUUGAGAACAGUUUAUCUUCCCCUUUGCAGUAGUCUAACAUGUCUGAAGACUGUUGUCAUGUCUCCCCUCAGACUGUUCUUCUCUAGUCUAAACAAAUCCAAUUCUUUUGGUCUUUCCUCAUACAUCACAUUUUCUGGGCCUUUGAUCAUUCUUGUUGCUCUCAUCUGGAUUCUCUCCAGUUGGUUCACAUCUUUUUUGAAGCACAGUGCCCAAAACUGUGAAAAGAAUUCCAGCUGAGGCCUCUCAGUGCUAAGCUAAAUCUAUACAUAUGUUUAAUAGUUUGAAAAAAAAUUAAAAAUUGUAUAGUUGGAAGGUAUAAUGUGUGUUGAAGCCACUGGCACUUUGGUCUUUUAUUUUAAUAGGGAUAAGGGUUUAUAUUCCUUGUUCUUAAAUCUGUUUGAAACAAGGUCUUUUACUUUGCUUUUCCUUACUGGCUUUUUGGCUCUCUAGCAUUGCUAGGACAGGAAGGAUAGCCUUUGCUUGUCUUUUCAGAACUGGAAGUGCUCAGUGCUACUUGGGAGAGGUUUACAAAGAUUAAAAUGUGAGCAACUCAGAGCAGAGUAGCAAUGUGAGGUCUUCAUUAAAGUGGAGUAUUAAAUGGGAGAAUACAGACUUGGAAAGUUAUUACAACAUAGACUGCAUGAUACAAUCAGAAAACUGACUCUUGUUCCUAGUAAGAUUUGUGAAUUAGUAGAAACUCUGCUCUUUUUCCUUGUACUCAGCUUGAAGGAAGCCCUGAUGCUCUCAGCAAUGAAACACAGUUUAGCAGCUUCCGUUUCUUAAUGGUUUAAAGGUUUUCUCUCUGCUGCUACAACAUCCCAGGAUGCUGUGGCUCAGAGCUCUGUCCUUUAUUGUAAAAACAAAAAGCCUGGGGACUGACUCCAGGGUUUAGCGAGCCAAGCUGAAGGCAGAAAGCCAAUGAGUUUUAUGAUCAGCCGACUUGGAGGAGAAAAAUGCAGAGGAAAUGGGCAGAGAAAUAUCAGAAACAAGAAUUUGUUUCCUGAGUGUAUCAUGGCUCAUCAAGUACCACAGUCUUGGAGGGAAAAAUAGAGAUGACUGGGAAGGAAGAAUCAUAAUUUAUAACCAUGGGACUGAAAGUGCUCCUGCUCCAGACGAUGGAAAUAAAACAUGGGAAGCAUGCAGGCUCUGGUGGACCAGACAGCAGCCGUGGGGCAGGCAGGGUCUUGCACUGAAAAUGUCCAACUCUUAAAAUGCUGACAGCUUUCCCAGUGUUUAAAAUCCCCUCUGCCCCCUUUUUGUGCCCUUAUGUUAUGGCUCCUUCAUGCCCAGUUGAGGAGUCCUCUUUUCCUGCCACCACAUCACCUCCUGGAGUGGAAGCACACCCUGCUAGACAUCAGACAGUUUGUCACUUCUGGCCUGCUCUCCCAUGGCCCCCACAUACCAACCUGAUUUAACCCUAAUUUAGAAACAUCAAAACCCAGAGGAAUUCCAUAACAAAACACUUUGUUAAAAGAGUAAAGCUUGAGUGCUUGGUUUUAGCAGGGUCCAGCAAAUACUCAUAAAACAAUAUUACACUUUCUAUAUAAACAUUCUGAGCCUUAAAAAAAAGUGAAAAGUCUGGAAACAAAGGAAUUCAGCCACUUCUCAACCGCCAUAACAUCUUUCAUCACUCACUAUCACUCCAGCCAACUUAAACUUUGCCAAAAUAUAUGCCAAUCUCAAAAUAAUAAAUUACUAGCAGUUUAUAACAUCUAAACUCUCUAUUUCCUAGUCAGGGGUCUGUUUUCAAUAGACCACUGCAGACUCAAAUAUUACAGCAAUUCUCACCAAAUAAAAAAAGCAGACUACGCAUGUCAGGCUUUUACAGCAUGAAAGCUAAAAAUGUAAACAUGCAACUGUUUCAUAUAUUCAUGUUCCUCUUUGAGGCCAGGACUCCUCAAAGUAGACAGAAUUCCAGGUCUGUUCAGAAAAUGAUUCUUUCUUCUAAUCCACUGCUGAUGAUUUUCUACCAUGAAGAGUUUUGCCGUAUGGUUAACGGCCAGCAUUGUGAGCAGCACCAAGGGAGAGCACAGACCCUGCUCUGGGUGUGUGGGGCUCCCUCUGGCUCUGCUUGCUCAGGCUGGCAGGGAAGGGACAGCUCUGCCUCUCCUGCCAGUCAGCUGCCAUGUCUGCUUGAACAGGUUCUCAGCAGCAAAACUGCCCUCCACUGUGUGUACAGCCCCUAUUAGCAAUGCAAUAACUGGAAUAAAGGUAAAACACAGCAGAUAUGGCAGUAAUCUUUGAUACAGAUCACAGUAAUUGGGAAGGAGAAGCUGUUUUGAUAAAUGAAAAAAAAUGGUUCAUGCUAGUUGGGUUAGGUGCCAGAGGGAGGAGAAUGAAUCCAAUCAUCUGCUUAUUUGACUUUGUGAUAUUUUUAAGGAAUUGACUUUUUUGACACAGACAACAAAAUGUUAUUUCACCCAAGAGUUUCCUGGAUCUCACAGAAUCGCUUUUCAACUGAUGAUUUUCACUGACUACAAUAACUUUGUUUAAAAAACUCAACUUCUUUUGAGAACCUGGUCACCCACCACCACUGUGUCAUAUCCAGGGCCAUUCAUACAAGCUCUCUCCUCUUCAGUUGGAGUCCUGUAUUCAUAUUUACUUUUUUUUUUUUUUUUACUUAGCCUUCAGAAGAGCCAACUUUUAUUGUCUCAUAAACAUGGUAUCAGCAUCAUCAGAACUUGUAUAAUAAUUUUUCUCUGCCUAGAGCUGGCAGAACAAUACAAUCAGUACAAUUUGUGGUCAUGCAAGUUCUCCAGUCUGGCUUAUUCACAUAAUAUGCUACUGAAUAUCUUCCACAGCAUGCAGCUGUAUUGGAGCAUAAGGGAAAUAUCAUAAAGAUGUUAAAAAAAAAAAAAAGGAAUAAAAGUAUGCCCUAAUGUUAUUCAAUCCUGACAAGCACAAUUGUCAAAAUAAAUCUCUAUCCUCUAUGGACAAACCCCUCAGGUGGUGUCAAUCUGCAUGACUGAUGCUUUUCAAUGAAAAGAUAAGAAGCAGCCUUGGAAUCUUCCCUGUCUUUGUGUAAAGCACUGUACAUGUAUCUGUAUACAGGAGAAUUUACAGAAGCUACAGAAGUGGUGGUGUGGCUCUGCAUGGGGAAGUCAGAGAGCUCUAAGGCAACAUGGCACAAGCAAAUUCUGUUUCCUCAUCUGACA